ACGGGCUGAGUAUAAAAGAAUGCGGAGGCGAUAGGAGUCAUUCCAAAUCACCAACAUGUUCGGACAAAAGGUCGUUUUCGCUUCUGCGGCUUUUCUCGUGUUUGUAGCAUCACUUCCUGUUGAACAGGACGAAGAAGAGCAUGAAAAAGAGGAGCCGAGGGUCUACAACUUUAAGUACGUGGUCGACGAUCAUCACACCGGAGACCAUAAAAGCCAUGAAGAGACUGUCGAAGGGGGCGUCGUCAAGGGUCAUUAUUCGCUGAAAGAAGCAGACGGCACACUCAGAGAAGUGCAUUAUACCGCGGAUAAGGAUCACGGCUUUACUGCCGUCGUCAAAAAGUCCGGCACUCCUCUGGUUCCGGAACAGCAUAAGUACGAUGAGAAAACCCUGUACCACCAGCCAGUUUUGCACCAUCACAACGAGCCUGUCGUCCAUCAUCAUCACCACAACCAACCUGCCUUGCAGCAGCAUUACGAGCACGUCCACGAACCUGUUGAGCACUGCGAGAUAGUGUUGUUGGGCCUGGUCGCUUUUUCACAGUGUUACACACCACGUCAUCAAGUUGAUGAGGAGAACAAAUAUGAACAAUCCGAGCCGUCACCAUACGCGUACAAGUACGCCGUCGAGGACCACCACACAGGCGAUUUUAAAACCCAUCACGAAGUGAUGGAAGGAGGCGUCGUCAAAGGCUACUAUACUUUACAAGAACCUGACGGCACUCUGCGAGAAGUCCAUUACACAGCCGACAAAGUCAACGGCUUUAAAGCCGUGGUCAAAAAGUCUGGCACCCCCACCGCGAAGCCUGAGAAACCGUCAUACCAGAGCUACGAAGCCAACGAAGCUCGUGGAUCAUACAACGUCCGCCCCCACAAAUUCCCGCAUUACACAUUCGGGGACAAUGAACAAUAAAAAAAAUCUUGGUUAUUUUGUCAGAGGUGAUACAUUAGCGCCGAAUAUAGUGUACAAAAUAAUGCUUUCCAAGAUGGUUGACCAAGAAAGAGAAAUCCAGUAAGUUUUAUUUUUGUAAAGAAAAAAAUGUCAUACAUUAUACACAUUUUUUUGCCAAAUAAA